CGCUUUUGGCUGUUCGACUCAAACUCUGCGUCUUUGAUUUGUUGAUUUUUGCCAUUGUCUAACUGCAAUUCCCCGAUGUUUAUAUUUAUGCCCCUUCAAAAGGAAAAAAUUAAUUCAUUUUCUAGUAAUUCUGUUUGACGUUUUUUUUAAUUAAAAAGUGAAACGUUUUAAAUUGAGCCAAAAACUCUUAACACUAACCAUUCUGAAAAUCUCAGCCGUCGAUCUUAAGAUUCUUACAUUUCUAAGAUAUCAACCGUUGAUCAUGGGCGACGAACGAGACCUGUAAAACGCAGACCAUUCGGCGGCCAACAGCCAAGCAAAACCUCAGUUCUCUGUUUGGCAGACAACGACGAUGAACAGUCCAUCGCGUGUUCCCGCCGAGGAAGAGGAAGACGAUCAUGGCGAGGUUUUCCUCGACGAGUCCGACAUCAUCCACGAAGUUACCGUCGAUGAAGAAGACCUUCCUGAUGCCGACGAAGAUGUCGAAUUUGCAGAUGAGGCUGAUGAUUCGAUGCACAUCUUCACUGGCCACACUGGCGAGGUUUUCGCUGUUGCGUGCAGCCCAACAGAUGCCACAUUAGUGGCAUCUGGCAGUGAAGAUGAAAAAGGUUUUCUUUGGAAGAUUGGUAAAGGAGAUUGGGCUUUUGAGCUUAAAGGCCAUAAGGAUUCUGUAUCUAGUUUGGCCUAUAGUACUGAUGGGCAAAUGCUCGCGUCUGGAAGUCUUGAUGGGAUUAUUCAAAUAUGGGACAUUUCCUCGGAAAACCUAAAAUGCACACUUGAUGGUCCUGGAGGGGGUAUUGAGUGGGUCAGGUGGCAUCCUAGAGGGCAUCUUGUCUUGGCUGGUUCUGAGGAUGCUAGUGUUUGGAUGUGGAAUGCUGACAAGGGUGCCUAUCUUAAUAUGUUUUCAGGUCACGGUGCUAGCGUGACUUGCGGUGAUUUCACUCCUGAUGGCAAAACAAUAUGCACUGGUUCUGAUGAUGCAACUUUAAGGAUAUGGAAUCCAAGAAGCGGUGAAAACAUUCAUGUCGUUGGAGGUCAUCCAUAUCAUACCGAGGGAUUGACAUGCUUAGCAAUAAGCUCAGAUUCGACUCUUGCCCUUACUGGUUCAAAGGAUAACUCUGUCCACAUCGUAAACAUUACAAGUGGAAAGGUUGUUAGUUCCCUGGAUUCUCAUGCAGAUUCAAUUGAAUGCAUUGGGCUUGCAACAGGUUCCCCUUGGGCCGCUACGGGAAGUAUGGAUCAGAAGCUUAUUAUAUGGGAUCUGCAGCAUUCCGUACCUCGUUCUACAUGUGACCAUGAGGAUGGCGUAACUAGCUUAGCAUGGCUUGGUGAAUCUAGGUUCCUAGCAACUGGUUGUAUGGAUGGGAAAGUACGACUAUGGGAUUCUCUCUCCGGUGAGUGUGUAAGAACCUUCAGUGGCCACUCAGCUGGUGUUCAAGGUAUUUCUGUUUCCGCCAACAGAGAUUACCUUGUUUCCGCAUCUUAUGACGGAACGGCCCGAGUUUUUGAGAUUGCAGAAUAUAAAUAAGCAAUAGAUUAUUAGAAGCCUGCAUGCUUUGUAAGCGAUUCAAACCGUCCAAAAGUUGCUCGUUGUAUGUUUUCCUUGAAGAAUGUAUUCGUUAUGCUUUUCCGAUGCUACAUUGCAUUGUAAAUUAGUUCCUUCAUUUUCAUGGCUUUACAUAGGUAUCUUUUCUUUUCUUUGCUAUUUUUCUUUAGUACAAGAAUGCCACUGCCACAUGGUAAAUUGUCAAUUUUCAUAGAAACUAGAUAUUGAUUUUGGAUUGGCAAUUUGA